AUGUGCACCAGGAGGAUGGACAAUCAUACUACAGUGAGCACAUUCCUUCUGUGGGGAUUUUCCAGUUUCCCGGACCUGCAAGAUCUCCUCUUUGUGAUGGUUUUCUUCUCCCAUGUGACCAUUCUAGCUGCAAAUGUGUCCAUAAUGGUGGCUGUCAAGCUCAAUCACAGCCUUCACAUCCCCAUGUACUUUUUCCUCUGUGGCCUCUCCUUUUCAGAAACCUGUACCACUGUGGUAGUCAUCCCCCGCAUGUUGGUGGACUUGCUAUCAGACAGUAAGUCCAUUUCUAUUCCUGAGUGUGCCACACAGAUGUUUUUCUUCUUUGGCUUGUCAGGCAAUAACUGCUUCAUCAUGGCUGCCAUGUCCUAUGACCGUUACACUGCUAUUCACAACCCACUGCACUACUCCAUCCUCAUGACCCCUAAGAUCUGCUUUCAGUUAAUGAUGGCUGCUUGGUUGCUAGGGUUCCUGGUUUCUGUUUGUUUAUUGACUCUGUCUUUCUGUGGACCAAAUCAGAUAGAUCACUUUUUCUGUGAUUUCUCACCUCUGUUGAAACUUUCCUGCUCAGAUGUCUCCACUAUUGAAAUUAUCCCUUCCAUCUCCUCUGGAUCUAUCCUUGUGGUCACAGUAUUUGUCAUUGUUCUCUCUUACAUCUGCAUCCUCAACACCAUCCUGAAGAUGCGCUCCACUGAAGGGAGACACAAGGCCUUCUCCACCUGCACCUCUCACCUCACUGCAGUCACUCUCUACUAUGGAACGAUUAUCUUCAUUUAUGUGAUGCCCAAAUCCAGCUAUUCCACUGAGCAGAACAGAGUGGUGUCUGUGUUCUACACAGUGUUGAUCCCCAUGUUGAACCCCCUCAUCUACAGUCUGAGAAACAGAGAUGUAAAGGAGGCCCUGAGAAAGGUAAUGGCCAGAAUAUAUUCUUAG